AGAAGAAGAAGAGGAGGAGGAAGAAGACGAACAUAGGAGGCGGCAGCGGCGGCUGGCUCUGUAUUGUUUUUUCUUCCAUUCCUCCCCACAGUCACGUCUCAUUGUCAGUCCUCCGGCGGGAAGACGUAAACACAUCGAUACGGAAGAGAAGACGUCUCCAUUUUGCUGCAACAUCGACGAGCGGACGCUGGGAGAAACCAGCACAACGACACCUGUUCCAUGGACGAAAAACGGGAGUUUGACUCGGUGUCGACACGGGAAAUGAUGCCGGCUAGUUAGCAGCACGUCGCGGAGGGAAUAGACGACGAGAGAAGGCAGACAAUGUGGCGUCUUUUCAGCGCGUGUUCGUCGACGUCAACCGGUGGUCGUUAACGCGUUUCCUUUGAUGUGCCGCCCGAUCUAGUUAGCGCCUGACCGAACACAUGUCCGCUUUGGCGCCUUUCUGGUGAGCCUGCGCGUCUAAGCGCCGCGGUGAAGACAGCCCAGACCCCCCCUUCGAGACCCCCCCAGGAACCGCCUAUAUGAAGAUGCUGAUGUGCGACCGCGGCGUCCAGAUGCUCGUGACGACGGUGGGCGCCUUCGCCGCCUUCAGCCUCAUGACCAUCGCCGUGGGCACCGACUACUGGCUGUACUCGCGCGGGGUCUGCCGGGUGAAGAGCAACAACGACAACGACACGAGCCGCAAGAACGAGGAGGUGAUGACGCACUCCGGCCUCUGGCGGACCUGCUGUCUGGAAGGAACCUUCCGAGGUGUGUGUAAGAAGAUCGAUCACUUUCCGGAGGACGCUGACUACGAGGCGGAUGCUGCUGAAUACCUCCUGCGUGCAGUGCGCGCUUCUAGUAUCUUCCCCAUCAUGAGUGUGGGUCUGCUGUUCCUGGGAGGACUGUGUGUGGCCGCCAGCGAGUUUUACCGCAGCAGACACAACGUCAUCCUCAGCGCGGGAAUCUUCUUCGUCUCGGCAGGCCUCAGCAACAUCAUCGGGAUUAUUGUUUACAUUUCGGCCAACUCCGGCGACCCGGGCCAAAGCGACAGCAAGAAGUCCUACUCCUACGGCUGGUCCUUCUACUUCGGCGCCCUCUCCUUCAUCAUGGCGGAAAUGGUGGGCGUGCUGGCGGUGCACAUGUUCAUCGAGAAGCACCGCAAGCAGCGGGCCAAGUCCCGCACCGAGCUCAUCAAGAAGUCGGCCUUCAGCCGCAUCCCCUCGUACCGUUACCGCUUCCGGCGCCGCUCCAGCGUGCGCUCCUCGGAGGUGCCCAGCCGCGACGCCUCCCCGCUGGGCAAGGUGGGCUACACCGGGCCCGGGGCCUCCGAGAUGCCCAUGUACACGCUGAACCCCCGCGAGGCGGGCAACGCCGCAGCCAAGUCCGGCCUGGGCGGGCUGCUCAACUCCGAGAGGGAGUUCCUGCAGAGCAGCACGCUGACUAAAGACUACAGCAAGGACCCCAACCGCAGGACCACGCCCGUCUGAGAGGGGCCGCCUGCGGAUUCCAGCUCAUCGGUAGCAGAGAAGAGGGGACACAGGGUCAGGAGGGGUCAUCCAAAAUACCUUGACUGUGAACUUUGAGCCUUUUGAACUGUGAAUCCUGAGCCCGCUGAGCAUUUCCAUGUGUAGCACCUUUGGUUGGAGACCUCCUUCUCAUCUCCACCCACCUCUCAUUCUUCCACUUCUCAUCCUCACUUUGGCCUUUUUUUUACCCAAAGUGACGUCUUGAAGGCACUGCGAUAACCUUUCUGACCGCGGUGCUUCUUGGCAUCCGGGUUCUGACUCGGCUCACGGCGAGGACCAGCGUUCAGUUUCAGUUCAGUUGGUGUGAAAGACCAGGAUGCGUUUCGAUCAUUGUUGGCAGCACUCACCUGUAAAUAUUAGGGUGUCCAUCUUUGAGCACGUGACCAUUGCACCCCAUCAGCAUUCCUGGGGUGACCAUUCGGGUCAGAAUCGAUUCUCAAUUCAACACGAUUCUUGAUUCAAACCGAUUCUCGCGAUAUAUUAUUUGGUGCAACAUUUAUCAUGAAACUUUUUCAAAAUAGGUUGCAGAUCAGAAAAGCUUCUUCUGGUUGCA